UUUUCAAAAGUAAACGGUUUUCGGGAAUGCUCGCCAAAAGCUUAGCUGACCCUUGUUUUCGGCCAUGGCCAUGGCUACGGAGCUUGAGAGCGGCUUGAAUCGCACUCAGGAGAGAAGCAAGGAGAGAGUGAGCUUAGAAGGAGAGAAAGUGAUAUUGGUGCCAUACACGGAAGCUCACGUGCCGAAGUAUCACCAGUGGAUGCAAGACCCGUCACUUCUUGAAGCUACAGGGUCUGAGCCCCUUACCCUCGAUCAGGAAUACCAGAUGCAGCUUUCAUGGUCACAAGACCCCGACAAGCAAACCUUCAUUGUGUUGGAUAAGGACUUGGUUGUUGGAGAGUUUACACAUGGAGAACCCCAUGUUGAAGCUAUGGUUGGGGAUGUAAAUAUAUUCAUGAAUGACUUGGAUGAUCCUCAGAUGGCGGAGAUUGAGAUAAUGAUAGCUGAACCAAAGAGCCGUGGUAAAGGACUUGGAAAGGAGACUGUUGUGAUGAUGAUGGCCUUUGCAAUUGAUAAGUUAGGGAUCAACAUCUUCCGGGCCAAAAUUGGCGAAUCAAAUGCUGCAUCCCUUGCCAUGUUCCAAAAAUUGGGUUUUGUGCAAACUUCGUGUAGCAACAUUUUCAAGGAGGUGACUUUAGAGUUCAAAGUAACCCAACCCAAGCACGAGAUGCUGGCUUUGAUGGGUGGUGUGGUCAAACACACAUGAAACCAUGAAACCUUUCUGGCAUAUGUCUUUUCUCUGAUAAAAUAACUCUCCUGAUAUUUUCAUGUUCUAAUGGUAUAUGGCUUUUAGGUUUGUCCAUACUAUGUACAAUAUUCUGACUUCUGAUGUUAAUGAUGAGUCAUUUAACUGAUC